AUGGACAUCCACAGUGCCAGCACGGUGGUGCUGCAGACUCUCACUCAGGCCACCAGCCAGGACACGGCCGUGCUGAAGCCGGCCGAGGAGCAGCUCCGGCAGUGGGAGACGCAGCCCGGGUUCUACUCCGUACUGCUGAGCAUCUUUAAUAACCACAUGCUGGACGUGAACGUGCGCUGGCUCGCCGUGCUCUACUUCAAAAACGGCAUCGACCGCUACUGGAGACGAGUAGCACCACAUGCGCUGUCUGAAGAGGAGAAGACGUCACUGCGGGCCGGUCUCAUCACCAACUUCAAUGAGCCCGUCAACCAGAUCGCCACGCAGAUCGCGGUGCUGAUCGCCAAGGUGGCGCGGCUGGACUGCCCGCGGCAGUGGCCCGAGCUCAUCCCCAUCCUGCUGGAGUCGGUCAAGGUGCAGGACGGCCUGCAGCAGCACCGUGCCCUCCUCACCUUUUACCACGUCACCAAGACCCUGUCCUCCAAGCGCCUGGCCGCCGACCGCAGGCUCUUCCAGGACUUGGCAGCGGGGAUCUACAGCUUCGCCUGCUCGCUGUGGAACCACCACACGGACUCCUUCCUGCGGGAGGUCUGUGCCCGGGACGAGGCCGCCGCCCUCAGCUCGCUGGAGAGGACCCUGCUGUCCCUGAAAGUGCUGCGGAAACUGACGGUGCACGGGUUUAGCGAGCCGCUCCAGAACAUGGAGGUCAUGGGGUUCCUGAACGCGGUGUUUGAGAGACUUCGGCAGUUCCUGGAUUGCUGUCGACAGGUGGGCCCUGGAAGUACCUGUAGGGAGAAGCUGGAGAAGACCAUCAUCCUCUACACAAAAGUCCUGCUGGACUUCCUGGAGCACCACCCCUUCCCUUUCAUCCCGCUCAUCCAGAGGUCGCUGGAGUUCGCCGUCAGCUACGUGUUCACGGAGGCGGGCGAGGGCGUGGUCUUCGAGAGGUUCAUCGUGCAGUGCAUGAACCUCAUCAAGAUGAUCGUCAAGAACGACGCCUACAAGCCCGCCAAGAACAUCGAGGACAGCAAGCCGGAGAGCCUGGAGGCGCACAAGGUAAAGACCGCCUUCUUCACGCACCCCACCCUGACGGAGAUCGGCCGGCGCCUGGUGUCCCACUACUUCCUGCUCACCGAGGAAGAGCUGACCAUGUGGGAGGAGGACCCCGAAAGUUUCGCUGUGGAGGAGACAGGAGGUGACUCCUGGAAGUACAGUAUACGGCCGUGCACUGAAGUCUUGUUCCUGGACAUUUUCCACAACUACAGUCAGACACUGACUCCUGUUCUGCUGGAGAUGGUGCAGAACCUGCAAGGACCUACGAGCGUGGAAGAGCCUGUGAAUCUGCUGAUCAAGGAUGCAGUGUACAACGCGGUCGGCCUUGCUGCAUACGAGCUCUUUGACAACGUGGACUUUGACCUGUGGUUUAAGAACCAGCUGCUGGGAGAACUUCAGGUCCAUCACCACAGGUAUAAGCUGAUCCGGAGGAGGGUGAUCUGGCUCAUCGGUCAGUGGAUCUCAGUGAAGUUCAAAUCGGACAUGAGGCCCCUGCUGUACGAGGCCAUCCUGGGCCUGAUGCAGGACCCUGACCUGGUGGUUCGGAUUGAGACUGCCACCACCCUGAAGCUGACUGUCGACGACUUCGAGUUCAGGACCGAGCAGUUCCUACCGUACCUGGAGUCCAUCUUCGGCCUGCUCUUCCAGCUGCUGCAGCAGGUGACCGAAUGCGACACCAAGAUGCAGGUGCUGCACGUCAUCUCCUGCGUCAUCGAGAGGGUCAGCGUCCAGAUCCGGCCCUACGUGGGCUGCCUGGUGCAGUACCUCCCCCUCCUGUGGAAGCAGUCGGAGGAACACAACAUGCUACGCUGUGCCAUCCUCACCACCCUCAUACACCUCGUACAGGGCCUGGGGGCGGAGAGUAAGAACCUGUACCCGUUCCUGCUUCCUGUGAUCCAGCUCAGCACAGACGUGAUGCAGCCACCCCACGUGUACCUGCUGGAGGACGGCCUGGAGCUCUGGUUGGUGACUCUGGAAAAUAGCCCUUCCAUCACCCCAGAACUUCUCAGAAUCUUCCAGAAUAUGUCCGCCCUUCUCGAACUGAGCUCUGAAAACCUCCGCACCUGCUUCCAGAUCAUCAACGCCUACACUUACCUGUCAGCCACCGAUUUCCUACAGAACUAUGCAGAGUCGCUGUGUCGCUCCUUCUGUGGCUUGCUGAAAGACAUCACUACAGAGGGUCAGGUCCAAGUGCUGAAGGUAGUUGAAAUAGCCAUAAAGGUGAGCCCCGUUUUGGGCUCCCACAUGUUCCAGCCCCUCCUGCCUGCGGUGCUGCGGGGGAUCGUAGAUGGGGAGAGGUAUCCCGUGGUGAUGUCCACCUACCUGGGUGUGACGGGCCGGGUCCUGCUGCAGAAUUCCGGAUUCUUCUUCUCCCUCCUCGCCCAGAUGGCUGCGGACCUGCAGCAGGAGGCAGAUCAGCUCCUGGGCAGCCUGAUUGAGAUGUGGGCGGGGUUUGUUUGUGACAGGCAGACCAGCUCCUGGGCAGCCUGAUUGAGAUGUGGGCGG